CGGAAAACAUGGCGGCGCACAUUGUUAGAGCUGUGAAACAACUUUCCCGACAAGAGCGCGGGUGGCUCCAGGCCGCAGUCUGGCAGUUGUAUACUGAAGCAUGGCGUCAUCACUAUCACUCUGCAGGCUCCUCGCUGCACUACAUACCCCGCAGGGCAGUUCUCUACUGCCCUGGCAAUGAUGAGCGAAAAUUGAAGAAACUAGCCUCGCUGGAUGUCGACUGUGCCGUGUUGGACUGUGAGGAUGGUGUAGCCCUCAGCAAAAAGACAGAAGCCAGAGAGACCAUUCCCCGGAUGUUAGCGGAACUGGACCUGGGCCGGACAGAGAAGUGUGUGAGAGUGAACUCAGUGUCUAGUGGCUUGGCUGAGGGUGACCUGCAGGUGAUUUUGCAGGCCAAGGUCCUCCCUCCUGCCAUCAUGUUGCCCAAAGUGGAGGACACGCAGGAGGUGCAGUGGUUGUUAAUAGAUGGUUUCCUGCACCACUUGAAAGGAUGGCCACUGACAGAACCCGCCCUCAUCACCUUUGUGGAAACCGGUGGCCUGCUCAAUUUUAAGGCGGUGUGUGAGGAAAUUCGUUCGCUUGGUCCCAAGGUUGGUCUGCACCAUGAUGGUGUGGUGUUUGGCUCCGAUGACUUCUGUGCCAGCAUAGGUGCCACACGGACUAAGGAGGCCAGAGAGCUUCUUUAUGCAAGGCAGAAGGUGGUUGUGACUGCCAAAGCCUUUGGGCUGCAGGCUAUUGACCUGGUCUACAUCGACUACAAAGAUGUGGAGGGUUUGAGGCAGCAGGCCAGAGAAGGAGCUCUCAUGGGCUUCUCCGUAGGUAAGCAGGUUAUCCACCCAGGGCAGGUCCAAGCUGUGCAAGAAGAGUUCUCCCCGAGUCAGGAGAGGGUCCAGUGGGCCAAAGAGCUCAUUGCUGCUUUUGACCAACAUCAGAAGGAGGGAAAGGGUGCGUUCACCUUCCACGGCAGCAUGAUAGACAUGCCCUCGCUGAAGCAGGCUCAGAACAUAAUAACACUCUCUGCCGCGGUGCCAAAGAAAUAACACAACCGGUGAGAAGAAAUGGCAGGAGCCACACGACUAAUCUCGGACAAGAAGGUCAAAGGAAGCUGGAAAGGUUGCAGGUUUCAUGGCAUUUCAAAAACUUUUCAACCGUUGCGUCAUUGCUUGACAAGAAAGUAGCCUGGAAACCGUGGAUUACAUUUUUGUUUUAUGUUGUCAUUGAGUUGAUUUAUGUAGAUUUUUUUUUUAAAGUUGUUAAUUUUGCUGCUGAGGUCCAACUUACACUGUUUUCCACAAUGCCAACUCUGCAACUAGCUCAUGUCAACACAGUUUGCCUCUAAAAACUAACUUGCAAGGACUAUUCCCUUGUGCGGCUUUCUUGGCAUGCUCUGCAGUGUGUGCAGCAUCCUGUCAUUCUGCAGUGUGUGUGUGUGUGUGUGUGUGUGUGUGCGUGUGUGUGUGUGUGCGUGCGUGUGUGUGUGUGUGUGUGUGUGUGCCCAUGCUUCCCCUUUCUCACAGGUCAUGAUAAAUGCUCUCCCAUCUCCACGGUCCAGGCAGCUGGGCAAAAGGGUAAACAAACACAACAAGCCACUGUUGUGGAUCUAUUCACUGGGCCCCAGACUUCAAGUCAGGCCUCAGCCCCCCUGCUCAGGCCCUGACUCACAAUCAUCAAAGUCCUGCUUGCGUUAUUAACAAAAAAAACAAAAAAAACAUUUGGAAGUACAUAAACUCACGAUUUAGCUUUUUUGUGUGUGUAUCAUUCUCCGUAGUAAUGGCAUGCAGCUCUCUCUGUGGCAGCUGUGAGCCUGUGGUUGAUUGUGCAUUGAUGGAGAAGGCGUGUGGCGUUUAGGCUCACCAUUAACUUGGACGAGAAAGGGAAAAAAAAAAGGUAAACAAGCUGCAGCGGUAUGCUUUAAAUGAUACAUUUAACAUGAGAUUAAGGUGACCUGAUCUUAAAUCUGCAUCUAAGAAAGUUGAAUCUUCUAAACAGUGAAACAUAAAAAUGCACUUGGUCGUGAGCGAGGCAGAGAAGUUUGUCUCGUCACAAACAGAAGCAUAAAGGCGCUUUGUGAAGUGUCCAUGUCUGACUUGCACAGACAGUGAAGUGGGUGUGAUGUUAGAAUGAGACAGAUUAGUGGCCAUGUUGCUCCAGCAGACCAGGACUGAGUCUUUGUCUCUCUCUGACUGUGGAUAGGAGGAUAAUUGGGGGGGUGUUGAAUGGUUAAUAGUGCCAUUGGUGACCAUGGUAAUGAAAGGCGCCAUACCUCCUCUACCCCACCUCAUCCACUUUCUGUCUCUCUCUCCAUCUCUCUCUUUCUCUAUCUCUUACUGUAUGAUCUAUUGUGUCUGGGGCAGGGUUGGUGUCUGUGCCAGGCCAAGGCCAGACAAAAAGAUCGAAGCCACUCCUGGGUCCAGCCAAAGACCCUAACAGUAAGCUGUCUCUUUGGCAUUUGGCCACAUAUUUUUUUUUUUUUUUUUUCUUCCAUCCCUUCAGUUUGUGUGUUUGUUUGUUUGUUUUCACCCAAAUUAUACCCUGGGAUUGGUGGACAACACUGCAGCUAUUUGACUGCCACUAAAUAAAUCCCCAAAAUAUUAUUUAGGAAUGUUGUGAGGCUUUGCAGAUCGUCAGAAUAGAUGUCUGGCAACUUUAUGGUCAUCCUUGUGACAUGCAAUAUCUAUCCUUCACUUCAGAGUCUCAUUAUGAGCUUUAAUUAUGGUCUAACGUUUUGUUUCAAAACCACUCACUGAAGAGUUUAAUCAAACUUUGAAAUAUUAUAACUUUUAAAACUUUUAUGUGUUUGUUGUUGAUGCAUUUGAGAAUUUAAAAAAAAAAAGUUGCAGAAAUAAAACUGUGUCGCUCUUGUGAG